AUUGUCUUGCAUUAUGUUUCAAAAAUUUAGUUUCAGAGUAAUAGGAUUUCUUUUCAGAGAAUUUCAGAGAAUUUAGUUUCGAUUUUAUUUUUGUUUUCUUUUCGAAAAACCUCACUUUACUUUCUCUCUCUCUUUUUUUCUUCGUUCUCGUUUUACCCGCUAUUCCUUCUUCUCUAUUACAAAAAAAAAGUAAAAAAAAAACCCCCAAAAAAACCCUAAUUCUUCAAUCUCAUCGGAAAACCACCCUAUAUUCACAAAUCGACUUCGAUUGGAGCAUUUUACUACUUCGAUUGAAGUGAUUCAGUUGAAGAUCUGAACGGUGUGUCACUAAUUGAGCACUAUCAAUGGCGUUUGAGAAAGUGCUGGAAAAUGAACUUAUUGAAGCUGGUAACAAGCUUGCAGAUCCUCCUACAUCGGUGGAUGAACUCCUCAAACUCUUAACUCGAGUUGAGAGCUUCUUAUCAAGGGUGGAACAGGCACCUAAAGCAUCUAUGCAAGCUGCACUUUCUCCAUGUUUGAAAGCAUUGGUUGCAGAUAAACUUUUAAGGCAUUCGGAUCCGGAUGUCAAAGUUGCACUUGCCUCUUGCAUCAGUGAAAUAACAAGAAUCUCUGCACCUGAAGCUCCAUAUGAUGAUGAUCAAAUGAAGGAGAUAUUCCAAUUAGUUGUAUCUUCAUUUGAAAAACUACAUGAUAAGUCAAGCCGAUCGUAUGUGAAGAGAACAGCUAUUCUCGAAACUGUUGCAAAGGUCAGAUCAUGCGUGGUAAUGCUGGACCUUGAAUGCGAUGCUCUGAUUUUGGAGAUGUUUCAGCAUUUUUUGAAAGCCAUAAGGGAACAUCAUCAGGGUCGUGUUUUUUCAUCCAUGGAAACCAUUAUGACACUGGUUAUAGAGGAAAGUGAAGAUAUAUCCUUUGAUUUACUUUCUCCGCUCCUGGACAGCAUUAAGAAAGACAAUGAGGAAGUUUUACCAAUUGCCCGGAAGUUGGGAGAGAGUGUCUUAAAAAAUUGUGCAACCAAAGUUAAACCCUACUUAGUGCAAGCAGUGAGAACCAUUGGUAUAUCUGUGGAUGAUUACAGUGAAGUACUUGCUUCAAUAUGCCAAGAGACAUCUGAUAGCUUGGAGAAAAAUGGUGUAUGUGUUACUGAUGAGCACAAGGAAGACAAGGGCAAGUCAGCAAAACUAUCACUUGAGGAGUCAACACAAGUGGCUAAAGAGGAAGUUAAGGAAGCUGCACAUUUGCCGCAAGAUAAUCGAGAUGGGAAUAGAUCUUCCAAGUCAGUCACAAACAAUGGUGUUGCACGUGUUGGAGAAGAUGACACUUUUGCAGAUUCGAAGUCCAUUAAAAAGAAAGAGGAUACCGAUAGUCAUGGUCACUCCAAAGGUUUGCAUAUAUUGGGACAUGGGGAGGUCAAUGAUUUGGAUGGUGUAAAAGUUAACAAGAAUGAACAAAAACCAGAACAAGCCACCAAGAAAAACAGGAGGAAAUCGAGCUAUUCGACCAAAUCAGGAAAGCUGUCUGAAUCUCAAAUUGUUACCAAUGAAGAUGAAAAGGUGAUGGUUUCUGAAAGUCACAGCAAGGAAGUUCUCGUUUCCCUGCCCAAGGACCAGGGAAGAAAUGAUGAAUCUGAAGUUGUGGCUUCUGCCUCACCUAGUGACAGCCUCCCUAAUGAAAAUCAUUCAGAGAAAUUUGGAAAAGCAAAAUCUAAAGAUAGCCCUGCAAAUGUCGAGGCUGCAGAGGUUGUUUCAAAAAAGGCAUCCGAAGGAGCAAGUAUAUCAAAACCCAAACUUGGCAAGCAGUCAGUGAAAAAGUUGCCUGGUCAGAACUCGGGUGUAAAAAAAAGUGCCGGUACAGAUUCAGGCAAAAAACAAAGUGGGGCUGCUAUUGGUGCUGAUGCAAAACAACACUCAGCCAAGAAAUUCGAUGAUAAUGAGGGUGGUGGUGGAUCCUCUUCCCGGCAGCUGGUAGAUAAGAAAAAGUGGGGGAGGGGAGAAGCUAACUCAGGAACAGGUGCAGCAAAAUCUUCUACAUUAGAUGUUGAUAAGGAAAUGGUUUCUUCUCCAAGGUCUGAUACCGAAUCCUCUGAAGAUGAAAAGUUAGAGGAGACUACCAAGACAAGUGCAAAGAGGAAACGCGCCUCAGUAAAAAAAAAUGAGUCACUGAUCAAGGGAUAUGAUCAAAACCUCGUCGGUGAACGAGUGGAAGUAUGGUGGCCCAAGGACCGUGCGUUUUACAAAGGUGUCAUCGAAUCUUUUGAUUCUGCCAAAAAGAAGCACAAGGUGCUUUAUGAUGAUGGUGAAGUAGAAGUGUUAAAUCUUGUCAAGGAAAAGUGGAACAUCAUUGAAGAUGAUUCAGUUGCAGACGAGGAAGAAGGAAGUGACCAUGGCAGUCUUGAUGCUUCCACUGAAAUGCAUACAAGGAAGAAAGCAAAAUCAAUUUCCGGUGAACAAACUAAGCAAGGAAAGCUGCGUCUUUCUUCCAGUGGAGCAUCAGGAUCAAGUAAAUCAAAGGGUUCUGUGUUGAAGUCUGGUCAGAAGUCUAAUUACGGAAAUAAAUCCAAGAUCAUUGGCAGUUCCAAGACAAGCAAACCAAAGGAUGAUGACCCUAUCACACCAAAGAGUGGAGCAUCCAACCAGAAAACCCCAAAGACUGCCGCUGCUGCUGCUGAGGGGAAGCCCCCAAAAAGUGGUGGAAAGUCGUCUACUGCUGAUGGAAGGUUUUCAUUGAAGAAAAAAUAUAUGGAGGAUGACGACUCAGAUGAUUCAGCAAGAGAGGAGGUAGAAUAUACAAAGGGCAAGACAUCUACUUCUUCAAAGGGACAGGGAAGUGAGGCAAAGACGGGAAAGAAGCGUCAGAGAAGCUAGAAGGAAUGUUUAUUCCUUUUCUACCUGCAUGCCUUCUGCUUAUCAGUGCACUUACAGCAUUGGGAUAUUUCUUUCUGUGCCCCGUGUCCUCUGGCGAAUCUAAAGCUGUGUAUUAGGUAUCUGCUAGUAGUUUUUGGUACUCAGCUCGUUGUUGCUAUGCUAGCAUUUUUAUUUUUAGACUAGUUUAGUCGUAUUUUGGGUUAAUAGGGUCAUAUUUUAGUUCUUUUUUCCUUUGUUGCUAGACUAGAUGGAUGGAUUUUUGAAAACAGCUAAAAUUAUUUGGUUAGCAAUCUUCAUUGAAUGAAUGCUUUGGCGCUAGUUUUCAAUACUGGCAAAAGUUUACAGGCCA